UAAUGCUCUUGCCAUGUUUUAUGUUGCUAAUGAUGUUAUUCAACACUGUGGAAAAAAGAAAGCUCCAGAAUUUAGAGAGGCCUUUUCAACUGUUUUAGAAAAGGCAGUUUGUCUUCAGAAAGUCAAAGAAAUAAAAAGUGAAGUUAAUCGUAUGCUAACAUUAUGGAAUGAACGAGAAAUUUAUGAUAAAGAAUUUUUCAAAAGGCUGGAAACUAAAUUGAAUUGCACAGAAGAUGAAAAUGCUGCUGAAGAAGAACUUGAAGAAUCUAAAAUCAUUAGCAAUUUUAAGCUGCAAAACUUAAUUGAUGCUCUUCAGAAAUUAAAAACAUUAGAAAAUGAAAUAAAUGAGAAAGAAGCAAUGCUAGAUGAUUUAGAAGAACCAAAAAUGCCAGAUUUAGAAAAUAUAAUUGUGCACAUGGAUAGUCAGAAUGUUUUACAAAAGUUUGACAUUUACAAAAAUGCUUUUGAAGAGUACAUCCAGUUGGCUGUUCGUGGAAUUGCAGCAAGGAAAACAUUUCUGAGGGAACUGAAGAAUAGCAGUGUUUUCUAUUCUGUUCAAAAUGAGGAAGUUAAGAAAGUAGCUCAUGCCUAUCGCAUCUAUGGGAAAAAGCUAAAAAUUAUUGAAAAAAGGCUAAGUGAAAAAAUGCAUUUUCUUGGAACUCUCAAUGAAUAUUCCAGUAAUUCCCCAAACUUUUCUGCAGAAUUGAAAGAACUUACAAAAUCACCUGGUAAAUUUCUGUGUUUUGCUUUUAAAGAUCAAGCUUCAGAAAAUAACGAAAAAAGUAAUACAUCUGAGAAUGUUGCAGAAUUAUUGCCAAGUCCUUGCAGAGAACAAGAUACUGUUGCUAAAGAUGGUAGCAAUCUCUUCAGUAAGGAUAAUUCUUCCUUGGAGAAGACAUCAAUAAAAAGAACACCAAAUUACAUAGAAUGUUCAAAUGAAAGUAUGCAGUCUAAUGACAUGGAAGUUUCUAAUAGAAAUGAUGCUGAAGAGUCAGUAACUGUAAAUUCUUCUGAUGCAGGAGCUUCUGAAGAAAUUUCAGAUAAUGCAGAUUUAAAUGAAAUUGACUUUCUUCUUGAAAAAGCUUACGAUAAUCAACAAUCAAAACGCAAAACAAAUUUCAAAAGGAAAAUUGAAUCAUUGUUGAAAGCAACUGGGAAGAAAACUUGUAACAUGCCUACUGAAAAUACAGACAAUAAAUCCCAUGAAAUAGAUUCAAGAGCUUCUGUGCAUGUAAUAGAAGAAGCAAAUAUUUCUCAGACAGUAAAAGAAUCUUCUAGCGAUGUUAAAAAUGGUACUUCUGUGAUAGCAAAAUGUAGUAUAGAUAAUGAAGAAAUGUUGGUAAAUAAUACAAAAAUAAAGAAUGAUUUGGAAACAGAAACACACUUUCCAAAUGAAUUAAAUUUUGUGAAUCUUCAAAGGUCAAACAGUGUAGCUGAUGAGAGUAGUAAGAAAGUAACUGAUAAGAAUGAAGUUUCACAAGAGAAUUUGAAAAAAGUAAAUAGCCCUAUUGUAUCUUCCAUUAGUAGUAUGCUGUCUGAUACUUCAACAGUUAUUUCAUCUAACACUUCUAUUAAUCCUGAUGUAAGUAGUUAUAUGCCCGUGUCUACUAUUCCUGAUAUACCUACUGAACUCUUGAAAAGUAUACUUAAUAAAAGUAAAGUAAACUUGCUGCAAGAUUCAAAGAAUGAUAAUUGCCAUACUAACUCUAUGACUACCUCUGCUGAGUCAGGGAGCAUUUUGCCACAAAAUUCAUUGGAAUCAUCAUCUUAUUCUGUAAGUGAAGCAGAAAGUAGUUUUAGUCAUACAAAUGUAGAAUGUACGUCUAGCAUUGCCGAUGAUAAAAAUAAAAGUUCUGCAAGCACAUCAUUUGAAGUCAAAGAAUAUUUAAAUAAAAGAGAAAUUCCUGCAUCACUUCAUAAACCAGAUGAAAUAAUAUCUGAUGCAAUUAAAGGCGACAGUUUGUCUCUUGCUGAUGCUAUCAAAAACUGUUCUUCAGCUGCACAGAAAACUGAUCAUGAUGUGUAUUAUACCUCAGACAGAAAUGCAGUAAAUUUGGGGGAAACACUUGAAAAUUCUGCAGUUUGUAAUGAUAAUGUUCCAAAAAGUGACUAUAAAGUUAGGCCAAAAUUUUUGGGGAACCUCAAAAGUGCCUUAGAAUGUAUAACAAGAAACAAGUCUUUUACAAAUAGUUCAGAAUUUGAAUCACAAAAGACCCUUUUACCAAUUCCUUUUGAGCAUACAUUAAAAUUAUAUAACUGUCUUUUACAAUGCAAUAAUUUAAGUUAUUCUAUAAAUACCAGUAAUAAUAAUAAAACAGAAGAUUCUUCAAGAGGAAUAUUACCUUUUAAUAGUAGUAUAAAUAUUAAAAAUUCUGAUAGAUCAAAUUUAAUACAAACUUCUGCCAAAAUAAAAUCAGAAACAAAUACAACUGAUUGCAAUUUGAAUAGUGAAGUAAUUAAGUCUUAUAUCUCUGCUUCUCCGCAUCCUACAGUAUUGAAUAACUUUUAUGAAAAAGAAGAAGCAUGUACAUCUAAUUCUUAUAUGAAGGAUGAUAACUUGGAAAUCAUGGACAUGGAUGUUGAUUCAGAUGAUGAAAAUCCUUGAAGUUAUACACUUAUGAAUGAAUAAAAUAAAUGAUAACAGUUUUAAAAUAACGUAGGUAAUUUUGUUGAAAACUGUCUUCCAUUGAAAGUUUUCCUGCAACUAGAAUUUGAUAUAUUAAAAAUAUUAUAUGUAA